AUGGCAUCAAUAGGGGAAUUCGACCCUCUCAACACCAGAGUCCCUGCAACUAAAAUAGAAGUUACCGUCUCGUGCCGAAGUCUGCUGGAUGUGGACACAUUCUCCAAGUCAGAUCCCGUGGUCGUGUUGUACUUGCAGGCCGUGGGAACCAAAGAAUGGAGGGAGUUUGGCAGAACAGAGGUAAUCGAUAACACCCGGAAUCCGGAUUUUGUCAGGAAGUUCGUCCUGGAUUUCUUCUUUGAAGAGAAACAAAAUCUACGGUUUGAUGUGUACAAUGUGGACUCCAGAAGCUGCAACAUAUCCAAACACGACUUUCUGGGCCAGACCUUCUGUACCCUUGGAGAAAUCAUCGGCUCCACAGGAGGGCGGCUGGAGAGGACCCUCUCGUAA